AAGACCUCUGCUACUCCCUGUGAAUUAUAAAUACAGCAACAUAUCAUUACCCAUAACCGUCCCAAAAAUCUCACAAAAUGGAUUCCUCCACCAUUUCCCUCCUCACAGUGUCCCUAGUAAUCGCCUCAGCAAUGGCUGCCCGCGACCUCCCCCAACCCCAAAGCUCCUCGCAAGCCUUUCUCGACGCUCACAACCGCGCCCGAGCACAGGUGGGCGUCCGUCCCCUCGUCUGGAAUGAAACCGUCGCGCGUUACGCGUUGGACUACGCCCACAAGCGCUAUGGGGACUGCGAGCUGGAGCACUCCCAGGGGCCUUACGGCGAGAAUCUGGCCGAGGGGUGGGGGACGCUUUCGGGGACGGAUGCAGUGGGGAUGUGGGUGAGUGAGAAGUCGUGCUACGACUAUAGCUCCAACUCCUGCGUUGGUGGGGAGUGCCUGCAUUACACGCAGGUGGUUUGGAACGACUCGGUUCAUCUGGGGUGUGCCAGGGUUCAGUGCCGCAACGGUUGGUUGUUCGUCAUAUGUAGUUAUGAUCCUCCGGGGAAUUACGUCGGCCGACGGCCGUACUAGGGUUCUAUGUUCAUUGACAUUCUUAGCAAUGUUAGAUGUGUGAUCAUGAUGGAAUGUUGGUGGUGGUUUUUUAUUUAGUAUGAAGAAAUAGAAGGGUUUGUAUCAUGUAUUAUUAGUCUUAAUCACUAUGAUCACGGUGAUGGAAAUUCUAAUCCAAAUCUAAUUUGGUGGUUUGGUUUGAA